UAAGCAGUCAUUGUAUACCAUGCAGAGAGUUAGUAACGUUAACUUGAACGUUAUGAGUAUGUGCCUCUCAGGCAAAGGGAAUAUCAUAUAUAUGCUGCUCAGUGCUAGCCCACUUAUCUCUAGUCUCCCUUAGGAAGGCGACAUAGAAGGAAGAAAAUUGUUCCUUCAAUUUAACUCAGGCCAGAAUGGAUGACUGUGCGCAUCCCAUGGGACAUCAAACUAUCGCAUAUGUUGAAGCCGCAUCCACAGCAGCUUUGCUCUUUGACUUCUGCAUUACUUUCGACUCGGAGGUUCGCUGGACAUGGAGGAGAAAGUGGGGGAUCGUGAGGAUGGCCUUUGUUAUCUCUCGCUACAUGCCAAUUGCAACCUUUAUUAUGCAACUAUAUUACACCGUCGAGUCGACUCACGGAGGAAUUUCACAUCCUGGGAGGUACAUUGUUAUAAAUGGCACCAUGAACAUAUUGGGUUCUGUUGCCGCUGACGCCCUGCUUGUGGCAAGGACACACGCGUUCUGUGCAUGGGGAAAGAGCAUUUUAAUCGCAAUAUCAUUAUUCAACAUGGUCAUAGUAGCAACUACGCUAAAAAUUCUACACGACCUUGCAAGUGAACCCGGAAAUUCUAUAAGGUAUGGUGUAUUCCAGGGGGAACAACGCGUGAGCAUCGUUUAUGGCUUGCUCGCGAUUUAUCAGCUUGUAUUGAUGUCCUUGACACUGCACAAGCGCUUUAAAUUUUACCGACAGGAAAAUGAAAAUACCCCAUUGGUUGCUACUGUAUAUCGAGAUGGCGUGAUUUACAUGCUGUGCAUCGCCCUGACCUCAAUGGCGAAUUGUGUCGGUAUGGUUAUGCUUCCUUUAUCAUAUACCUUUCUUUUCUAUUGCCCGCAGGCAGUCGUGCACAGUGUUCUUGCCUCGCGCAUCCUGUUCAAUUUACGAGCAACAAAUGAAUCGCAAGAUAUCGUUGUCAAUGGGCCGGCAGCCUUGGGCAUGUUUAUCGCUCAGCCAAUCCAAACCCCCUCUGGAGUGGAUUAUCUAGAGCUGAGGGAUUUUACAGACUUGUAACUUAGUUUUAACUACAGUUGUAGCCCUCUCCCUGACACACACGAUAGCGGGAUGUCAACGAGGCCGAUUGCUUUAUAGUGAUGCUGGAGACCAUGCAACUACUAUACAUUGCUGGGCGCAAAGUCAUGAAACUCGCGCCCUUGCUACAAAUUUCGUACCGAAAUGUUGCGUGAGUGCAGGACCCUU